AUGGAUGUUGUUGCAGAAACGCUUAAAGCUCGAAUCGAUGCUGGAGCGGACCAGUUAAAACUUGAUCUGUGUGAAUUUUUCGAAAGAGCUGCAGUAUCUCAGGCUAAAGUCAAACAACUCGAAGAACAAGUUGCUUUGUAUAAGCUUGCGCUGGAAGGCCGUAAUGAAAAGUGUGCUGAAUUGCAGAGACAAGUAGAUUUGCGCCCAGAAACCAAAGCCUCGUCAGUGAAACAGGGAUUUCGUAUUGUUGCUCUCAUUGAUGGCGAUGGUACAAUCUUCACGGACGACCUCAUUUCGGACGGUCGACCUGGGGGAGCGAAAGCCGCCCAAAUGCUCUCAAAUACCAUCAUCAAGUUCUUGAAAGAUGAAUAUGGAUCGAACCCAUACCAACUCUCAGUAUAUGUGUUUUACAACAAAAGCGGCCUGCUCGAUGCGCUGGGUUUUACUAACAAGUCUCUUGAGGAGUUUGUUGUGGGCUUUAAUCAGGCCACUCGGCGCUUUCUUAUGGUGGAUGUGGGAGAUGGCAAGGAAGCGGCAGACGCUAAAAUGAAAGCGCAGUUGGAGGACAAUAUUCCCCUCCCACAAACCUUCAAGAUCAUCUUCGGUGGCUGCCACGAUAAUGGAUACGCCUCUGACCUUCGUUCUCAUAUCACCGCCGGGUUUCGUGACAAAGUCGUCCUCCUCAAAGGCUAUGCUGAGAUGGCAAGGGAGAUCGCUGCUCUCGCGCUUCCCCAUAUCGACAAUGCAGAGCUUUUCCGUGCAGAAAAAAUCAGCGAAGCGCGAUCUCGAGCCCGAUCUGAUAGCGGCCAUUCGAGUCAUGCAACCAGUGCCAUCAAGAGCUACUCGAGUGCAGUGCAAAGUGUGUCGAUGGCGGGAAAAAAGUUGAGCGAACGAAGGAGAAGUGUUUCACCCGAGGCGACUUCAAGUUCGUACCGAGGGACUGGGUCGCGCCACAUCAACCCCAUUCUCGUUGAGUUCGUCUAUCGAAGCGUAGGUCUUCCUGGCCUCGUUGCCCAUUUUAAUCUGACAGUUGCGAAGAGGACCCGGCACCUUGCACUCUAUUCUAUCUCUCCAACUGCAAAAUGGGGGCUAAAUACCCAGCCCCUCCUCAGUGGUUCGGACAGUUUCAGGUCCCAACAGAGCAUUGGGAAUGACGACGUCCUUGUUAAGCUCUUAGACGGGUCGCGCAAGAUUCAAGCGCGCAACGUUCAACUGGAAGAGCAAGUUGCUCUGUUAACGGCGCAACUCAGGGAGGCCCAGCUGCGGCACAACAGUGAGAUGGAGAGCGUUAAGCAACGCGAAGCCAUCUUCCAGCAACACCUUCAGUCUCUUGGCCAGCAACUCGCAGGCACGGAGUUGUUUAAAAUCUCGCCGCCGUUGAUCUUCACUGUGAUCAACGGCGACGAGUUUUUAUUCGCCCAUCUAAGUCGCGCCUUCGACGGCGGUGUUUCGGCUGCCAAUGUUUUGACGGCAAACAUUGUUGCUUAUCUGGAACACGACGCUGUUCAAGCAUACGCUAGACAACAUGGCUCAGUUUCUUACUUCAUGACUGUUUUUUAUAAUCGCAGGCAACUCCUAGAACGACUGCAAGCCGCAAAUGCCUGCACUGUUCAACAGUUCGACCAGUUUUUAACGGGAUUCAGUAUUCCACACGAAGGCUUUUAUUUCGUCGACGUUAGUGGUCUGAAUCAUACUGAAACCAAGAUCAAAGCCUAUAUCAACACAUUCAUUCGACUCCCUCAAACUCUUCGUGUUUUUUUCGCCGGCCGCCGCUACGGUCCUUUGUAUCGCUCGCUGUUGAAAACCCUCAGCAAGAGGGGAAUUCUCGGCAAGCUUGUCAUGAUUGGUGUACAACUGGAUAUGGCGGCAGAGGUGCCCCUGCUUGUCAUCGACGAUGUCUUUGCGGUCUCGAAUGUUCAAUCUCGGGUCGUUCAACUUGAGCCGCGUUCCAACACAUCGAGCCCCCAAAGCAUCACGACGGUGGUUUCGCUGUUGUCAUCUUCGUCUGGUCAGAGCAGGCGAUCCAUCGACCCUUCGCUCCCCCUUCACAAGCAAAAUCCUCCGCCCUGCAACGAAUUCUACCUCAUGAAAUGCACCAAAGAGCCCUCGCAAUGCAAAUACUCGCACGAGUACGACCUCACCAAGGAGCAACUUGCCACAUUGUCAACUUGCGCGAAGAAGGCACCGUGCAACUGGCUGAAAUCAGGCAAGUUGGAAGGAAAUCGGAGAAUAUAG